CCAAAAGACAACUCUCUGCAUCCUCGCUAUUACGCUUAUCGCAUCGUACCCGCCAACCGAACAACCUCACCUCACCAAGUCUAAUCCCAACGUUUGCAACUGUAUCUAUCCAUCCUCGAUCAUGGCCGCCAUCUGGGGUAACGGCGGGCAGGCUGGCCAGUUCCCACUGGAGCAAUGGUUCUAUGAAAUGCCCCCUGUGACUCGAUGGUGGACAGCUGCCACCGUUGCCACUUCAGUCUUGGUUCAAUGUCAUGUCCUCACCCCAUUUCAGCUGUUUUAUAGCUUCCGCGCAGUCUAUGUCAAGUCUCAGUAUUGGCGUCUAUUAACGACCUUCCUAUACUUCGGACCACUCAAUCUCGACUUACUAUUCCAUGUGUUCUUCUUGCAGCGAUACUCACGCCUCUUGGAGGAAUCAUCGGGGCGAUCGCCGGCCCACUUCUCGUGGCUUCUGUUCUACGCCAUGGCCUCUCUCCUCGUUCUCUCGCCAUUUCUCUCGCUCCCCUUCUUGGGCACGGCCCUCUCCUCCAGUCUGGUCUACAUCUGGAGUCGUCGCAACCCGGAAACUCGCCUCAGCUUCCUGGGAAUGCUGGUCUUCACCGCCCCAUACCUCCCCUGGGUCUUGAUGGCAUUCAGCCUGGUUGUCCACGGCAUCGUGCCCAAGGACGAGAUCUGUGGCGUUGUCGUCGGUCACGUCUGGUACUUUUUCAAUGACGUCUACCCUUCGCUUCACGGUGGCCACCGUCCUUUUGAUCCCCCUAUGUGGUGGGUGCGUCUGUUUGAGUCAGGGCCUGCGGAACGAGGCACCGACGCGGCCAAUGUCAACGGGGACUUCGCCGCUGCUGCUGCACCCGAAGUUCGGUGAGCUAUUUGCGUGCACCCGCUAGACGUUGUUGCAUGGCGAUCUAAGAAUCGUCCGCGCAAUCGCUCUGGAAACGUCAGCAUAUACGCAUGUACUGCCGACAGCUCGCUCCGACAC